CUCAUUGGGCUAAACUCUACAUAAACGCGGAAGUAAGAAUGUGGGUUUAGAAUUGUAACAAAUCUAGAACAUGAACACAAUCAUGUGGAGGCUCCUUACCAUUCUUGUGGUAUACAAGUCUGCUGUCACCUGUCUGGAGCUGACAACAUUUUCCUCUAGCGACCAGCUGACCAAAGUGGAGGUAGACAGGUCUUCUGGAAACUUGUUUCUUGGUGGAAAGAAUAUUUUACUGCAGCUUGAUGAAAACUUAGUGGAACUUCAACGCUAUAGAAUCGGUCCAGCAUUAACUACAGACAAGUGUUUCCCAUCACCAGAGAAGUGUAAUUUUUCAAAGUCUAAUCAGGACAACUACAUUAAAAUCUUAGCAAUAAAUGAUGUGCAGAAGUACUUAUUAGCUUGUGGUACUAUAGACUUAGGUGUUUGCAAGAUAUAUCCAUUUAAUGAUAUUCAUGAUGUGUCAAAAUUUGAUGUUGUCACUAAUAGCGCUGUAUUUCUGGGAAGUUCAGGUGCCUCGUCAGUUGCGUUUUUUGGAAGUCCACCCAAUGGUUACAAUACUUCGCAGCGCCUGCUCUAUGCUGCAAUUGCAACGUUUGACAGGAAAGAAACACGCUUUUCCCCAAAAACAAUCUCAACUCGUGUGGUUGUUUUCAAUGAAACAACGACAACUUUACAAUAUUUCUAUGAGAACUCGAAUUUCAAUGAAUACAGCUAUUUGAAUGUUUUUACCACUGUACAAACAAAAUAUAGCGUGAAGUUUGUGUAUGGAUUCGAAUUAAAUGGCUAUGGAUACUAUGUAUCCAUCCAGCAAGUAGAUCCUGAUGUUGCUCGUUCUACUUAUGUCACAAAAAUCGUGCAAUUUUGCUUGAAUGAUAAUCAGUACAAAACCUAUAUUGAAACUGCUGUGAAAUGUGUUCAAGGAGAAAUCAACUACACCCUUGCAUCUGCAGCUUUCAUAAAAAAAGAUGAAAACGAUGCCACGCUCACAAUAAGCUUUGUAAAACCUGUAAAUUCUGGCUCAUUAGAAACCAGCACAGCCUAUGGAUCAAGGAUUUGUAACUAUUCCAUGAGGACCAUCCGUGACCACUUUAUGAACAUCCGUAAGCUGUGCUCAGAAGGUGCUAGUGGGUUCCAUCCAUGGUGGAUCCAGGGAUCUGUGGAGAGUUGUAAGCCGAUUGUAGGCUCGUUUAAUGGUGAUGGCUACUGUGCCUAUGACAAACGGCUUACAAAGACCGUGGAAGGAGAUCCAAACAAGUCGGUUCUUACGGCCGAGGCAGACAUCUGCCUGGAUGAAAUCGUAACGGCAGUGGCGCUUACUGACCAGCAGUCCCACCCUAUAGCAGUGAUUGGCACGUCUGAUGGGUAUUUGAUGAAGGUAACUCAAAAGGCAAGCCUAAAGGGUGGUAGCUGCAUUUCCAACCAGCCCUACAUGAAGUACCGAGUGAGCAAUGACUCCAUACUGCAGGACAUGAUCAUUUCUGGAGACCAGGCUCACAUUUAUGUGGCCACCAACUCAACAAUCAUCAAGUUCCCACUACAGUCAUGUGCUGUGUACAGUGAGUGUGCCACUUGUGUGUCCUCCAAGGAUCCCCAGGGCUGUGGCUGGUGUGGAAACAAGUGCUCAAAGAGAGACGACUGUGCACCAGAGACCUGGUCCCACAACACCUGUCAACCUUACAUUUCAUGGGUUACACCUAACAAUGGUCCAACUCAAGGUGGAACUGUUCUCACUAUAACUGGCAACAACUUUGGUAACAUACUUCCCAAAGUCACCAUAGGCGACAGCAAUGAGUGUGUGGUCAACACUGACAACAGCAGAAAUUCAAAAAUUGAGUGCACCACUCCGGCUGUUAUUGCCCAGGGCAGUUUCACAGUGGUUGUGAGUGUGAACGACACCAAGUCCAUGCAGUAUGGCGUGGUGGGCACAGCCUCGUCAGAUACACCGUUCACAUACAAGACCCCUGUUCUUUUGAAUAUCUCUCCAUUAAUGGGUCCGAUGUCAGGGGGCACAAAUCUUACAAUUACAGGAGAGAACUUCCUUAUUGGAAAUUCACAGAAAGUCUCCAUUGGCGAAACAGUUUGUAAAAUAAUAAGCAAGAAUAAUACAGUGAUUGAGUGUACAUCGGGUAAAAAAAGAGUGUUACUCUCAAGUUCCGGCAAAAAGCGAGCAACAAGACAGGAUUUAGUUAUAAUUACAAUUGAUGGUGCCCAGCUUGUCAGUAAAACAGAUUAUCUCUACAUGGAGGAUUCCAAUAUAGUCGGUAUUCAACCAUUGCAGACCAUACAACAAGGUGGCACAAGGCUGACUGUGCAAGGCACAAACCUGCACAUAGUUCAACGGCCAAGAAUUGUAGUCAAACUAUCCACGGGAGAAAUUGCUGAAGAUGUCUGUAAUGUCAUCCUGCAGAGUUCUGGGACAGAGAUGGUGUGUAUGUCUCCAAGCAUUCUCACGUUUAUGACCAAUAGAGACAUGAACAAUGCAUUUGAUGUGGAGGUCUACUUCAUCAUGGACGACAUUGCAGCACUGAGAGACUUGAGAAAUAGGCCUAAUUUUAACAAGUUGAUAUACAAUGCUAACCCAAGAGUUCUUCCGGUCAUUGAAGUUCGAGAACUCCAAAUGACAGACAACAGUCUUGAUAUCAAAGGUGAGUAUCUCACACGAGGGGUAACCAAGGAAGACUAUGUGGUAACAAUUGGCAGCAGAGAUUGCAAUGUGACAUUUGUAAGGACAGAUAUGCUGCAGUGUGUUCCCUCAAAACCAGACCUGACCAGUGGCCGCAGUGGGAAGUUACCAGUAACAGUUCAUGUUGGUAAAUACCUGAAAUUCAAUUGGGGAUAUGUUGUGUUCAUAGCAGUGGAAGAGAUUACCAAGGGUGCAUUGAACCUGGGAAUCAUCAUCCUCAUUGUGCUUCUAGUGUUGAUAAUUGUUGCAAUCGUUAUCCUGUUGGUGAUCAUGAAGAGGAAGAAGAUGGGCUGCUGGCGGGACCCCAAUGCCAAGACCAUCCACUACCUGCAAGGGACAGAGUAUAAUGCAGAGGGGCAGAGAUUGAUGGAGCAAAACAGGCUCAAUGCAUACGCUGAGCAAGGUCACGAAGCAGAGGCAGCGGGCGCAGGGACAUACAGUACGGGUAUAGACGAGGAGACACGGAUGUUACUUGCAGAUCAGCAUCUUCUAAUUGACCGACAGCAUUUACAGAUGGGCGACGCUCUUGGAGCAGGCCAUUUUGGCAGUGUGUUCAGAGCGUUCCUUACCAUCCCGGAAGAGAAAGGGGACACCAUGGUCGCUGUCAAGACCCUUCACCAAAAUAAUCCAAGAGAGAUUGAUGUACAGGCCUUUCUGAAGGAAGCCUUGAUCAUGAAGGACUUCAACCACCCUAAUGUGCUCAACCUGAUUGGUAUCUGCCUGGGGAUGGAUGAUAUGCCACUGGUUGUGCUGCCUUACAUGAAGCAUGGGGACCUCCUUACCUACAUCAGGAAUGAGUCUAAUAACCCGACAAUCAAGGACUUGAUAAUGUUUGGUAUCGACAUUGCACAGGGCAUGGCCUAUCUGUCUGAACUCAAGUUUGUUCAUCGAGACCUUGCUUGUAGAAAUUGCAUGUUGGAUGAGGAUUUUAGAGUGAAGGUGGCAGACUUCGGCCUCUCCCGGGACAUUUAUGAGAAGGACUACUACGCAUGCGACAACAAGAAGACCAUGUUACCAGUGAAGUGGAUGGCCCUUGAGUGCCUUGAGAAGGGAAAGUACUCCUCCAAGUCUGACGUGUGGUCAUUUGGCAUUGUCUUGUGGGAGCUGAUGACGCGGGGUGUGAACCCCUACCCUGAAGUGGACAACUGGGACAUAGUGCGGUACCUGAAGCAUGGAAGACGUAUGCCCCAGCCCCAGUACUGCCCAGACCAGCUGUAUGCAAUUAUGCGCAAGUGCUGGCACCCAGAACCCCGCAAGCGUCCAGACUUCAGCCAGCUGGCACACGAGGUGACAGAGAUGAUCAACAUGAUAGAGCAGGCCAUGAAGCAAGGAGAGCACACAGCAGACAUCCAAACCACCUACGUGAACAUGGAAAACUGCACUGACUACCACUACACAGAUGAGCUGAUGCCUCCUGGCUCUCCGAUGUCGGAUGAACCGAACUCUGAGCCUACUUCCCCAACCUCUCCUACCUCUGCACAACCCCUGCCUUCUCCCCCCUCAGCCAUGGCUCCCUCUCCCCCUGCUGCCAGUGCAGCCACAGGAACGUCUGCAGAUCUUCCACAGAAAUCCACAGCAGUUGCAGCAGUCAUGCAUGUAAAACCAAAACCAGUUCCCUCUCCAAAGCCUAAACUUUCUAUCAAACCAGACAAAAAAGAAGUGAAUGCAAAGACAGAAAUUAACCCAAGGAGUCCUACUACAAGCAAGAAUAAUUCCAAUGAUAAGAAAGCAGGCGGAGGAGAUAUGGCAAAGAAUGGGGAAGUUUUAAAUGACCCUGAAAAAUCUCCUUUAAUGAAGCCAGGAAGUAAAGGGGAGCAAAAUGAGUCUAUAGCGUAAAAUAAAAAGAAAAUAGUGUUUAUUCAUAUAUUAUAUAAUGUAAUCUCUUUAUUAGAAUGAUUUAUGCAAAAAUAUUUUUGUUUAGAAAAUUUUAUUGUACAGUUUUUAUAUAUUUUAAUUGUAAAUCAGUUGUUUUUUUUUGCUGCAACUUACUGAAAUGUUAUUAUGUGUCAGGUGAUGUUCUGAUAAGUUCAUGGUUGUUAAUUAACCAAGGUUAGACUAUGUUUUACCAUGUGGUUAGCGAACAGAAAUGUUUAUUGAACUUGUUCCUAAAGUAGAUACACUUACUAAAGCUUUAAUUAAAUAUUGCAAUGUUUAUAUGAGUGAGUAAAGAAUUUUAGCUUAUUCUACUAUGUUCUUCUGUAAUGGCUGAACCUCUUGUGAUUUAAGGUUGUGGAAAAAAUAACAGGUUUGUGAUUUUAUUCUCUGGAGUCAAUGAAAUUAUUUUGCGAAACACAUAUCUGCAUUGUUCUGUAAUUAAGUGAAAUGUAUGCAAGGUUAAUCAUUUGCUAUGUGUGAUGCUGGAAGAAAUUCAAUAAACUUUUACAUCUUUUUUUGUACAACAACGCCCAAAAUAAGUGGAAUUACUUUUUAUGAUCUGUAUUUUAAUCUAACAUAUUGAAAUAGUUCAAAUGGACAAGAAAGAGUUUAGUGGCAAAAUCUUGGAUUUUAGUAGUGUUUUUAUUAUUCUCUUGGCCCAAAGAAGAGUGUGCUGUAGUAAAGUUUAUUUAUUUUGGUUAAAUGGUCCAUGGUUUACAUAAUGCAGCAUGAAACAUGCUGUAAAUUAUUCUUAAUAAUUAAA